GCGCGGGCAACCGUAGACCAAGCGGACCCGAGCGGGCGGCCAGGCGCUCGCUCGCUCCGUGCGACCACCGCCGCCGCCGCUCCAGAGCGCAGGACCAGGCACCUCCAGCUCUCUCGGCACCGCCGCAGCCACUGAUGCGACCCGGGCACUUUUAGCUGGGCGGGAGUGCCAGAGAGCCGGGCCGCUGAGAUCAGUGAGCUAGCCGCGCUGAAAGCCGCGCGGACCAGCGAGCAGGGACUCACGCACGCACGCUGCCGCCGCCUGGCCGCUAUGGAUCUAUUCGACUUUUUCAGGGACUGGGACUUAGAGCAGCAGUGUCACUAUGAACAAGACCGUAGUGUACUUAAAAAAAGGGAAUGGGAGAGGAGGAAUCAAGAAGUCCAGCAAGAAGAUGAUCUCUUUUCUUCAGGCUUUGAUCUUUUUGGGGAGCCCUACAAGACAAACAAAGGUGAUCUACUUGCCAACCGAGUCCAGAACACGCUUGGAAACUAUGAUGAAAUGAAGGAUUUGCUAACUAACCAUUCUAAUGAGAAUCAUCUAGUGGGAAUCCCAAAGAAUUCUGUGUCCCAGACUCCCAUCAACAAAAAUGAACCAAGCUUUUUUCCAGAACAAAAGAACCGAAUGAUCCCAGCUCAUGAGGAUAAUACCCAUCCCUCUGCAGCAAUGCCUCCACCUUCUGUCGUGAUACUGAAUUCAACUUUAAUACGCAGCAACAGAAAAUCGAAACCUGAGUGGCCACGAGAUAGUCAUAAUUCUAGCAAUGUGCCAGCAAGCCAGGCCAGUAGUCAGCCAAACAAGAUGCACACUUUGACACAGGACCAACCUCAAGCCAGACUGGAAGACUUCUUUGUCUACCCAGCUGAACAGCCCCAAAUCAGAGCAGUUGAAGAGUCAAAGCCAUCCAUGAAGGAAGACAGUAGCCUCAAGUCCAGUGGAGAAAAUGCUUUCAAAGAAAUCUUUCAGUCCAACUCACCAGAAGAAUCUGAAUUUACAGUGCAAGCACCUGGGUCUCCCCUAGUUGCCUCCUCUUUAUUAGCUCCCAGCAGUGGCCUUUCAGUUCAAAGCUUCCCACCAGGGCUCUACUGCAAGACAAGCAUGGGGCAGCAAAAGCCAACUGCAUAUGUAAGACCUAUGGAUGGCCAGGACCAGACACCUGACAUCUCUCCAGCACUAAAACCUUCCAUCGAAUUCGAGAACAGCUUUGGGAAUCUGUCAUUUGGAUCACUCUUGGAUGGGAAAUCCAGUGUAGCCAGUUCAAAGACUAAACUGCCCAAGUUCACAAUCCUCCAAACAAGUGAAGUGAGCCUUCCAAGUGACCCAAGCUGUGUUGAGGAAAUCUUGCGGGAGAUGACCCAUUCCUGGCCUACUCCUCUCACUGCCAUGCAUACUCCUGGAAACUUUGAGCAGAACACAUUUUCCAUCCCAGGACAGGAAUCACAACAUCUGACUCCAGGAUUCACCUUACAAAAGUGGAAUGAUCCAACCAGCAGAGCUUCUACAAAGAUGCUUGAGGAUGACUUGAAGCUGAGCAGUGAUGAGGAUGACCUUGAGCCUGUGAAGACCUUGACCACUCAGUGUACUGCCACUGAGCUCUACCAGGCUGUUGAAAAGGCAAAACCUAGGAAUAAUCCUGUGAACCCACUGUUGGCCACACCCCGGCCCCCACCUGCAGGGCAAGCCAGUGGGGGAUCUGGCAGCUCCAGCGAGUCAGAGAGCAGCUCAGAGUCGGACUCAGACACUGAAAGCAGCACCACUGACAGCGAAUCCAAUGGGGCACCUCGUGUGGCCACUCCAGAGCCUGAGCCCCCCUCAACCAACAAGUGGCAGCUGGAUAAAUGGCUUAACAAAGUGACAUCUCAGAACAAGUCAUUUAUUUGUGGCCAAAAUGAAACACCCAUGGAGACAAUUUCUCUCCCUCCUCCUAUCAUCCAACCAAUGGAAGUCCAGAUCAAAGUGAAGACAAACCCCAGCCAGAUCCUGGCCGAACCCAAAGAAAGGCCUCUCCUCAGUCUCGUUAGGGAAAAGGCCCGGCCUCGGCCCACCCAGAAAACUCCAGAAACAAAGGCUUUGAGGCAUAAGUUUUCAGCAACUAUUGAUACAGCUUCUCAAAGGACAAUCGGGAAAAAACAGCCCAAAAAGGUUGAAAAGAACACCAGCAUUGAUGAGUUUACCUGGCCCAAACCAAAUAUUACCAGCAGCACUCCCAAAGAAACAGAAAGUGUGGAGCUUCCUGACCCACCAAGAGGCCGCAACAAAUCCACUGCCCACAAACCAGUUCCUAGGAAAGAACCAAGGCCUAACAUCCCCUUGGCUGCCGAGAAGAAGAAAUACAGAGGACCUGGCAAGGUUGUGCCAAAGUCCCGGGAAUUCAUUGAAACAGAUUCAUCUACAUCUGACUCCAACACAGAUCAAGAAGAGACCCUGCAGAUCAAAGUUCUGCCUCCUUGCAUUGUUCCUGGAAGUAAUACUGCCAAAUCCAAAGAAACCUGUGGUACCAGCCUGACCCUCAGCACCUUAAUCAGCAGCAACGGCAACAACAACUUAUCCAUCAAUAACGAGGAGCCAACUUUUUCACCCAUUCCUGUCAUGCAAACUGAGCUUCUGUCCCCUCUACGAGAUCAUGAGAAUCUUAAAAACCUGUGGGUGAAGAUCAACCUUGACUUACUCUCUAGAGUACCUGGCCACAACUCACUCCAAGCAGCACCUGCCAAGCCAGACCACAAGGAGACUGCCACAAAACCCAAGCGUCAGACUGCUACUGCAGUGGUGGAAAAACCGGCCGCUAAGGGCAAACGUAAGCACAAGCCAACAGACAUUGCAGAGAAGAUCCCUGAGAAGAAGCAGCGGCUGGAGGAGGCCACCACUAUCUGCUUGCUCCCUCCAUGCAUUUCACCAGCCCCACCCCACAAGCCUCCCAACACUAGAGAAAAUAAUUUAUCCAGGAGAGCAAAUAGAAGAAAGGAAGAAAAGCUCUUCCCUCCUCCACUUUCCCCACUGCCAGAGGACCCUCCACGCCGUAGAAAUGUCAAUGGCAAUAAUGGUCCCUUCAGUCAAGACAAAAACGUCUCCAUGACUGGACAGAUCACCUCUACCAAACCUAAGAGAAGUGAAGGCAAAUUCUGUGCUACUUUCAAAGGGAUAUCUGUAAAUGAGGCAGACACUCCAAAAAAGGCACCCUCUGCCACCGUCACCAUCACCAACACUGCUAUUGCCACUGUCACUGCUACUGCCAUUGUCACAGCUACUGUCACAGCUACCGCCACUGCCACGGCCACCACCACAACCACUACCACUACCAUUUCCACCAUCACCUCUACCAUCACUACUGGCCUCAUGGAUAGCAGUCACCUGGAGAUGACGUCCUGGGCAGCUCUGCCCCUUCUGUCCAGCAGCAGCCCUAAUGUUCGGAGACCCAAGCUCACUUUUGAUGACUCGGUUCACAAUGCUGAUUAUUACAUGCAAGAGGCUAAGAAGCUGAAGCACAAAGCCGAUGCACUGUUCGAGAAAUUUGGCAAAGCUGUGAAUUAUGCCGAUGCGGCCCUCUCCUUCACCGAAUGUGGCAAUGCCAUGGAACGUGACCCUCUGGAAGCAAAGUCCCCAUACACCAUGUACUCUGAGACUGUGGAGCUCCUCAGGUAUGCAAUGAGGCUGAAGAACUUUGCAAGCCCAUUGGCUUCGGAUGGGGACAAAAAGCUAGCAGUAUUAUGCUACCGAUGUUUAUCGCUUCUCUACCUGAGGAUGUUUAAACUGAAGAAGGACCAUGCUAUGAAGUACUCCAGAUCACUGAUGGAAUAUUUUAAGCAAAAUGCUUCAAAAGUCGCUCAGAUACCAUCUCCAUGGGUAGGCAAUGGAAAGAACACUCCAUCCCCAGUGUCUCUCAACAAUGUCUCUCCCAUCAACACAAUGGGAAACUGCAAUAAUGGCCCAGUCACCAUCCCCCAGCGCAUUCACCACAUGGCCGCUAGCCAUGUCAACAUCACUAGCAACGUGUUACGGGGCUACGAACACUGGGACAUGGCCGACAAACUGACACGAGAGAACAAAGAAUUCUUUGGCGAUCUGGACACGCUGAUGGGGCCUCUGACCCAGCACAGCAGCAUGACCAAUCUUGUCCGCUACGUUCGCCAGGGACUGUGUUGGCUGCGUAUCGACGCCCAUUUGUUAUAGUGGGUGCUCUCCCAUUUCCAGUGUCACCACCCAUCCCUGUACCUCUGCCAGCGCACCGACAGUCACUGGUGGAACUUCACGCAUUGGGGAAAGUUCUCUUUGGUUAUGUUUCUUUUAUGCUUCUUUUGAUCUCUGUGAAAAACAGAAGUCAUUGUAAGUGGACAGUACAACUUGAGAGCAGUGUAUGUUUUAUUGCUUAGUCAUUUUGAGCAUUUGAUAUACAUUUCUCAGAUCCCACCAUCUUUUUGUGCUUUAUAGAAUGACAGUUCCUACAAAAUUAUUUUACAUCCACACUACCCAACACAAAGAAUGGGAAUCACUUGUGAAGAUGACAGGUUCCUGAGAACAUAGGCACAAGGGACCUGCCGAGAUUUGCACCACUAACCAUCCUCCUAUUAUGUCUACAAGAGAAUGUUUCAGAAUCCAUUGUUAAUCUUUUGUGGUUCCCACAGAGUCAAUCUUCAGGUGAGGACUUUCAUUGCCAAAACCCACUGGUUAGAUGUUGUAGCAACAUCAUAAAAUCAAGAGUUUCAAGAACAUAAAUGAGCAUAGCAAUGCCACGCUUAAAAUGAUGCUAUGCCACACAAACAGAGGACUUUCUUUUUAGCAUCCCUUUUAUGAUUCCCUGUUUUUUUUUAAAAAAAAUUAAUGAUGAGAAGGAGGGGCAACAUUUAUUUUGACAACUUAAGAAGCAUCAGCUGUCAUAAAUAAAUGAACUCCAUGAUUUGAAACAUAAAUCCUCACCUGGGCUUCUCUUUGUGCAAAGCUCUCCUUCUGAGGAGCAGUUUGGUAGAUGUACACCUUAGUAGCCAAAAUGCUACACUCCAGUUUUAGAGUUGGGAGAUAAGAGAGGUCUGGAAAAUGUCCAAGAAGGAAUUCACACUUCCGCCUCCUUUGCAGUUGGUAGGUGGUUCCAUCAUUGGAAGGAUUUUUUUAACUGUGUUUUGCUCAAAUCUAUGGAAACAAAAGUCAAGUUAUCACUACCUAGAAGUAAUAAUAUACAGUUUUCUUCUUAGUGAGUUUAAAACCUGAACUUCCCCAAUUAUUAUCCACAUUUUCUGUAUUACAAGAUUUCUUUCGUUUUUCUACUUUCUUUUGUCUUUUAUCUAUCUUUCCUUUCAUUUUCCUUUUUUUAUUUUUUUCAUUUUUGGCUCAUUAGCUUUUGACUGAAAUAUGAGCACUGAGUUUUAUUAAAGUCUAUAUUAACAUGAAUCAUUUCCAUGAAAAUCCCAAAGAAAACUCCAAGCUCCCUAAGUAGUAGCUAGCUUUAAAAAAAAAAAAAAAAAAAAAGCAAUGAGUCCUGGAGUAGUCUUUAUCCUGAGGUGCUUCGAAAGAGCCCUGAAGAUUGAACAGUUCAUCUAAUUUGGAAACAUUUCUUCAUUGGUUGUGACUACUCCCCUUUUUAUGAUCCUUUACAUUCAUUUUAUGUCCCUAAAUAUCACAAUGUAAAUAUCAUCUUUGAUGUUCCAGCUCAUCAGAAGAGUUUCCCACUUGUAGUAAACACUAUCCAUGUAUUAGUUACUUGUAAUUACCUGCCAGUAUAUAAUACUGGUAUAAUCCACAUAGCCUUUAAUCUGCUGAGUUAUUGAAUUCUGUUCACUGAGUUAUGACCAGAUAUAGAUAUGCACAUGAAAGAUGCAAACUUGUAUGAUUUUAAAGCAAGUCAUACAGGUUUGUGAUAGGAACAGCAGGUGAUCAUUCUACACUCUCAUUGGCAAGGUUAGAUAUAUCCCCAGUUGCAAAAGAGCCAGACUUGAGCUAUACUCUGGUCAUCUUUGAGUUUAAGGCCCUUUGUUGUAUAAUAAGGUUGUGGAAGUUGUACUCCAAUGGCUGAAGCCAUGUUGUUAAUAUGACUGAUGGGAGCAUCUCAGCAGCUGAACCCAGCACUUUUUAUGCUCCCACUGUGGUUGAGCUUUACAUUUGCAGUCUCAACAACACUUAUGCAUGCAUGCACAUGCACACACACACACACAAAUGAAACCUGAAUCUUUUCUGAGCUUCUUAAAGGAGGAAAGUGAUAAUAUGAAAGACUCUGAACACCCAAGGUGGGUAUCACAUAUAAAAUUAAGCUGAUGAUUUUGCAGUGACUCGGGUUCUCUGUUUUCCAUGGCUUACCAGGUAGAGUACCUGGCUAUUACUAUAUAAUGAAGCCCACUGGCUUUACUUGUAAGUUCAACCUAGACUAUGAUCCUAGACCAUCAUGGAUUUAGGAGUAAUUUCUUCUUGAAAUUCAAUCUCUGGAAACUAGACAUUAGAAUGCUAGGGACAGUUUCCCAGAGAAACAAGCAUAUUGCCUCAUGGAUGAAAGACUUGCAGCUCUAGUUUCAGCAACUUGUUAUAUCUACUUAUUAUACAACAGGGAGGCAAGAGGAUUCUCUGUCAUCUCUAGUGGCUUAAAUGUAAGCAUGUGCCGAGUCAGCAGCAUAGUUAUCAAAUAUGACAGUUACAUUCUGGAUCACCACAUGAUUAUUUAGAAGACACAUUUUUAAAGCAGUUUAGAAACCAAUUAAACAUAGAGGAUGAAUUACCUUCCUAUCCCUGGAGAUGAGACAUCUUUCGGUUUCAUGAUUAAGAAUUGUUGCUGUUUUCUAGGCACUGUAUUUAUUCAUCACAUUGUAAAUGGUGAUGUGUGUGGCAGGUGUGCAGCUAUUUGGGGUAUUGAGGGAUUGAGAUAUUUUUUCAAGUGAAUCUCUUCAGUAUAUCAAUUUAUGGGAAGGACAUACCAAUUUAUGGGAAGACAUGUGGAUGGCAGUGAGAGAUUGUGCCUCUAGACCUUGAUGGAGACUUGGUGUGAGACAUGGCUAUUAAUAA